AUGGACGAAGAACCCCAGUCUCCAAGUUCAUCGGUAUCGUCAGAUUGGUGGACUGAAUUAGGUGUUCCACCGCCCCCACCGAAAUCCAACAGAGUCAUGUCGCCUGAUCGAGCGGUCUCUUUUACAGACAUCUCCGAAUCACUCGCUAAGCGCAAGAUGCAACGCAACAUCUUCUCGAAGACACGUGGGUUGAUAAAAUAUCAAAUGGCCAAGAUAUUUAUCAUCUCUUCUCGCGGUGUUCAACGUGAGAAUCUGCCCACAAGGCAAACAAGACCCCCUCUGUUGAAGCGCCGCUAUAGCGUCGAUGUGAAUACUACCACCGAAUGGGAGCAAGAAACAAAUCACUGGGAAUUUGCAUUAUCUCAGGUGAAUAAUCACCAAAAACCUUACUUUAGUGGGCACUUCACUGACGUUACAAAGACAUUUGACAUCCCUGAACUACCAUGCAAGGAGGUGGAUCCGCUACCCGCUCUUACACAUUGGGUGGAACUUCCUCAUCCUGCCCGACAUACUGCUUUCGCCUCGGUCUUCUUUGGUCAGCCUCCCCACAACCAAGGAGUGUUCCUUGAGCUGGGUGAUGUGACCCUUCACAACGACUCCUUCAACUAUAUUGGCGCUACCAACAGUCGGAUAUAUGGUUCAGAAGUAUGGAUGCGUGACGAGAGUCUAGACAUGGCUCUUGAAGUGCUUCGCCGCGAGUACGACGGCGACGCUCACAAAAUCGGCAUCGCCAACUCCACCGUGGCCCAAAUUUGCUACUUCGCCCAAAUGUCAGGAUAUGCUGCGGAAUACGAACAGUAUAGGUUACGUUACGCCGACAAGAAUUGGAUCUUCAUCGUCAUCAACGAUGGCAUCGGCGGUAUCGAAAACGAUGGCCACAGUGGAUUACACUGGUCUCUCGCCAUUCUGGAUCGGAUUUCCAAGAAAUGCUAUUAUAUUGAUUCGCUGUUCGUCAGACUGAGAUUCUAUCAAGACUUAGGCCGGGAUGUGUCUAUGGGAAUGCUCCAUAUUCUUGAUGAAGACCCAGAGGAUUGGAAGUACCUCCCACAAUGGAACAGUCCCGAUCAAAACACCAACAACAGGUUCAAAGAAGAUGGAGGUGCAUGCGGACCAUUUGUAUACAAAAUGUGUCAGAUUUCCAUGGAUGCAAUCACGCGCCGUCAUCUGGCAGGGCUGGAGACCUGCGACCUUGAGCUCAAGCGCUGGUUUCCUGAACAGUUCGAGUCAGAGUUCCAUUCGGAGCAGGUUCGCUAUGAGAUCCAGAGCAAAAUCGCUCGCUGGGCACACAAAGAGUGGUCUUCGAGACUGGCGAAUGACUGGGACUACGCGCUUAUCCAGGGCACAGACGCUGUCCUAGAUGACGGACCAGUCGUCGCAUUCGAGGCCCCGGCCCCGGCUUCCAGAUCACAUCACUCGGGACGGAACGUCCCCAGCGGCGCCAGCUCCCGAUCCCCCAUCACCCUGGACGACGACGAUGCGAACUACGCUGUCCACGGCAACAGGAGGGAUAGCCUGGACAGCAACGUUGCGUCCGCGGGUGGUGAUACGUCAGUCGUCGACCUGGGUGAGGACUCUGAUAGUACCUGGAUGGUGUCAGACGACGACAUGAACCUGGAUGACGACGACGAGGAGACCGCUGAGGUCGUCCUCGAUGGCUAA